GGGCAGGAAGUGGGGCGGGGUUUGGGGCCCGCCGAGGUGGGAUCUGGUACCCCAGGAGUGCUGCGACCCAGACGGACCAACCCACUGGAGAAGAUGCCUGGGGGUCCCGGAGUCCUCCAAGCCCCGCAUGCCACCAUCUUCCUCCUCUUCUUGUUCUCCGCUGCUGGCCCAGGCCCUGGGUGCCAGGCCCUGUGGGUGCACUGGGGCCCGCCAUCAGUGACAGUGAGCGUGGGGGAGGACGCCCGCCUCCCGUGCCCGUACAACGGCAGCAGCCCAGGCAGCUCCGUCAACAUCACCUGGUGGCGCAUCCUCAUCCUCGAAAAGAAGAACCACACGUGGCCCUCAGUGUUCCUGGAGCACAGCAAGGUCACCAAUGGCGAGCUGAUCAUCCCACAGGUGAACAAGAGCCACGGGGGCAUGUACAGGUGCCAGGUGGAGGAAAACAAGAUGGUGAAGCACUCCUGCGGCACCUACCUCCGCGUGCGUGAGCCGCUCCCCAGACCCUUCCUGGACAUGGCGGAGGGCACCAAGAACAACAUCAUCACAGCCGAGGGGAUCAUCCUGCUGUUCUGCGCUGUGGUGCCUGGGACGCUGCUGCUGUUCAGGAAACGAUGGCAGAACUUGAAGUUUGGGCCGGACAUGCAGGAUGACUAUGAAGAUGAAAAUCUUUAUGAGGGCCUGAACCUUGAUGACUGUUCCAUGUACGAGGACAUCUCCAGGGGCCUCCAGGGCACCUACCAGGACGUGGGCAGCCUCCACAUCGGAGACGUCCAGCUGGAGAAGCCAUGACCCAGCUGGGCUGCCCCUGUCUGCGGUGCUUCCAACUCAUGUCUGAUCCCACAUCCCUGGAACCCGCUCUCUUUUCACAAUCUUUCCUGGGAGUGUCCUGACUCAACUUUCCGCUUAGGAGUGUCCACUCUUCUUCCCUCUAGACUGUCCUCAUCUCCAGCUCACACCCUAACUCAAUCCUCCCCCUGCUGCCUUUCCCAGCCUCCCCCUCAACCCCCAGCAGGUAAUGAGCCCUUAAUUGCUGCCUCUGGGGGAGCUGAUUGUAGCAGCCUCGUUAGUGUCACCUCCCCCUCCCUGCUCUGUCAUGGCCACUUAGUGAUAAUAAAUCCUUCCCAACUGCAGAC